AUGUCCACAACAACAACCUCAAUGAGCCCAAGCAGCACCGCCUGCGGCGGCUCCGUCUGGCAAAUCCCCACCACCGACGCCGCCUGCGCCGUCGUAGUCAGCGGCAACAUGACCGAAGUCAUGGACACCUGCUGCAAGACCAAACCCACCAAAUACGACAACGACUGCGGCAUCUACUGUCUCGCCCAGGGCCAGGACGUCAAUAAACUGCAGUCCUGUCUCACCAGCAAGAGCGGCAACUACCACGACGUCUUCUGUAACGCAGCGCUCAAUGCUACUGCGACUGCCACUUCCACUGCUUCCAGGACUUCCUCGGGUACUGGUACUGGCACUGGCACUGCUACCGAGUCGGCGGCUACUUCGACCUCGACGGAUAAUGCGGCUGUUGGCAAGUCGGUUUCUAAGUCGGGGCUUGGGCUUGUUGCGCUGCUUUUCGGGUCGGCUUUUAUGGCUAUGCUUUGA